AUGUCGAAGUCAGGAGUUUUCAUCGUUGGCGCUAAGCGUACAGCUUUUGGAACAUUUGGAGGAAAGCUCAAAAAUCACAGCGCUACUGAUCUUGGAGUAAUUGCUACCACUGGAGCCCUCGCUCACGCCGGAGUCAAGCCAGAGAAAGUUGAUCAUGUUAUCUUUGGAAACGUUGUUGCUUCUGCCAAAGACGGAAUCUAUCUCACUCGUCACAUUGGAUUGAAAUCGGGAGUACCACAGCAAGUUGGAGCUUUGACAGUAAACAGACUCUGUGGAUCCGGAUUCCAGUCCAUUGUCAAUGCUUCUCAGCAAAUCAAAUUGGGCGAGUCUUCUAUCGUUGUUGCCGGAGGAACUGAGAAUAUGUCUCAAGUUCCAUUCGCUGUUAGAAAUAUCAGAUUCGGAACUGGCCUUGGUCAGAAAUAUGAAUUCGAAGACAUGCUUUGGGAAUCUUUGUCUGAUCCUUAUUGCAAACUUGCCAUGGGACAAACUGCUGAAAAGCUUGGAGCUCAAUACAAAGUAACUAGAGCUGAUGCCGACGAGUUCGCUCUUCGCUCUCAAACACUUUGGAAGAAGUCGAACGAAGCCGGAAUUUACAAGAAUGAAAUUGUCCCCAUUACUUUGAAGGGAAGAAAGGGAGAAGAGAUCUUCGAGGUUGAUGAGCACCCACGUCCAACUACUGUCGAAUCCCUCGCUAAACUGAAGCCUGUUUUCCAAAAGGACGGACUCGUAAAUGCUGGAAAUGCUUCUGGUAUUUCUGAUGGAGCUGCCGCUUUAGUCGUUGCUGGAGAAGAGGCCGUUUCAAAGAACGGACUCAAGCCUUUGGCUAGAAUUGUCGGUUAUGCCGCUGUUGGAUGUGAUCCUUCCAUCAUGGGAAUUGGACCAGCUCCAGCUAUCCGUGCCCUCAUUGAGCAAACUGGAGUCAAGCUUGAUGAAGUCGAUAUCAUCGAGGUUAACGAAGCUUUUGCUCCACAAGUUCUUGCUGUCCAACGUGACCUCAAAAUUCCAACUGAGAAAUUGAAUGUCAAUGGUGGAGCUAUCGCUUUGGGACAUCCUCUUGGAGCUUCUGGUGCCAGAAUCAGUACUCAUAUUGUUCACGAACUCAAGAGACGCAACGUUAAGUACGGAAUCGGAUCUGCAUGCAUUGGUGGAGGACAAGGAAUCGCUAUUCUCUUCGAAAAUGUUAAUUAG